GGGGUAGCUAUGAAGAGAAAGCGGCGCAAUUAGGGGCGCUGGGGGUAGGGGGCGGGACUUCCGCUUCCUCCUCGCUGUCUUUGAACUACUAUUUAUCCCAUUCAUACCCCGCCCUACACCGGAGUCCCCGGGCGCGGCCGACGCGGUGGGGUUCAAAGCCCCCUUCAGACACCCAAACGUUGUCUGCUCGUGUCCCCACCCGCCAUUGGGGAGCCACUUCCGCUUUGGCCUUGCGCGGGGGAUCGCUGAAACGAGGGGCAACUGCGGAAUAAUAACACGUGUUCGUUUUUCCAGGCGCGCCGGGCCCGUGGGAAGCCAUUCGGAAGGGCGAGCAGCAAGAGGCGCGUCAGGCGCUGCUGGAGAAGGAGCGGCUUGGAUCGGGACCUUGGCGCUGAGCAAAGGGGGUGGCGGCAGCUGUGAUAACAGCAGCCUCAAGGUCUAUUGUGGCGGUAGAACAAGAUGUCAAACCUCAGAAAAGAUGAGCCCCUGCACUACUGUCAUUUGACUAGCCAUGUAAUUUUAAACAGGAGAGACACCAUUCUAAAUCAACUGAAGUCCAGUGUGUUCAGGAUUGCCCUACCAUGGAGACUCCUGGUCCCAGUGACAUAUACCUGACUGACUGGCAGAAGAAUUUCUUUGCUGUUACCUCUGGCACCUGUACACCAGGACAGAAGGCAGAUGCAUAUCGUGCACAGAUUUUACGCAUUCAGUAUGCAUGGGCAAACUCUGAAAUCUCCCAGGUUUGUGCUGCCAGCCUGUUCAAAAAGUAUUCAGAAAAAUACUCUGCAAUUAUUGACUCUGACAACACAGAGACCGGCUUGAACAACUAUGCUGAAAACAUUUUGACUUUGGCACAAAGUCAGCAAAAUGACAGUGACAAAUGGCAGUCUGCUUUGACAACAAGCAAUGUGAUGGAAUUGGACUGUGUGCAAGAGAUGAUGCAGGCUGGCAGAAAGUUCCAGAGAUCUCUGGUGGCACAAGCAGUUAAAGAGGUCAAUGCCUCUGUUUCUUCAGGUCUUCCCAAACCUGCUCUCUGCUCUAGUGAUGGAGAAUUGGUUCUUGGAGCUGGGUCAUCAAGUUGCAUAAGUCAGGGGCCAGAUGGGGAUCCCACUUCUGGGAAAUGUCAUCAGAACGAUAUGUCUUCUUCAACCAAAGUAGCAGGUGCACAUUCUUUUUCAUCUGUGCCUGUAAGUGAAAUAUCUGAUAUAGGUUCUCGUGCAACCCCGUUAUUUGGAAAUGGCGAUUCUGCAUUUAAUAGUUCUCUGAGGUGUGCAAGUAUUUCUGGUUUGGGGCAGAAUUCCUCAUCUUCUGUUUUUCCAGCAGGGGUGAACAGUCUGGGAAAAAGAAAAACUUUUUUUGGAUUUAGUGAAGGAAGCAGUAAUGUAGCGUCAGUUAAUACAGAAGGAAAGGACUUUUCCAGUAGUGGAAGCAGAAAUAAUGAGAAUAGAGCAUCUGGUUUCAAAACUGCAAAGGAGCAACUCUGGAUGGAUCAGCAGAAAAAAUACCAAAAUCAAGGCCAGCGCACAACCCUCUCGUCUUACUGCGGUACAAAAAAGUCUCUGGGAGCUGGAAGGUCUCGGGGAGCAUUUGGAAAAUUUGUCCCUCCAGUGCCAAAACAAGAUGGACAUGAAAAUGUGGGAGUGCGGUGCAGACCUUCUGGUGCAGAGUCCACAGAGUUGGCUUGUCCUACAGAUGAACGGUUAAAGAACAUAGAACCAAAAAUGGUAGAGCUUAUCAUGCAUGAGAUUAUGGAUCGCGGGCCUGCCGUCAACUGGGACGAUAUCGCUGGAGUUGAGUUUGCAAAAGCAACUAUCCAGGAGAUAGUCGUGUGGCCUAUGUUGAGACCCGACAUUUUUGUUGGCUUACGGGGUCCACCCAAAGGGAUCCUUCUGUUUGGUCCCCCUGGAACAGGGAAGACCCUCAUUGGCAAAUGCAUUGCGUGUCAAUCUGGUGCCACAUUUUUUAGCAUCAGUGCCUCUUCACUGACUUCUAAGUGGGUUGGUGAAGGGGAAAAGAUGGUCCGGGCACUGUUUGCUGUGGCGCGAUGCCAUCAGCCAGCAGUCAUUUUUAUCGAUGAAAUUGAUUCUCUCUUGUCACAGCGUGGAGAUGGGGAACACGAAUCCUCUCGAAGAAUAAAAACUGAGUUCUUGGUUCAGCUAGAUGGAGCAACAACUUCUUCUGAAGACCGCAUAUUAGUUGUGGGAGCAACCAAUCGCCCACAAGAGAUUGACGAGGCUGCUAGGAGGAGGCUGGUGAAGAGACUGUACAUUCCACUUCCCGAAGCUUCCGCCAGAAAGCAGAUGGUGUCCCGUCUAAUGUCAAAGGAACACUGUUCUCUAGCUGACGAGGAAGUGGAGCUCAUUGUCAAAAAAUCGGAAGGGUUUUCUGGUGCUGAUAUGGCUCAGCUUUGUCGCGAGGCUUCUCUAGGUCCCAUUCGUAGCCUUCGGUCUAUUGAUAUUACAACUAUUACGCCAGAACAAGUACGACCGAUUGUUUUUCAAGAUUUUGAUAAUGCUCUAAAAACUGUGCGCCCUAGCGUUUCCUCCAAAGAUCUGGAAUUGUAUGACACCUGGAAUCAAACAUUUGGUUGUGGAAGAUGAGGAAAAUUCAAUUUGAUCCAUAAACAUUUGUAUUUUUGAUAUUUUAAAAUUUCUAAACUGUUCUAAUAAAUGCGAAGAAAUUGA